AUGAAGCGGACGUCUUCGUCGCUCUCGCAGUGUCCCGCUGCGCACAAUGUGUCGCCUUUCGUCCACAGAAUGUCUUUCAACAGUUCCGCGACGACUGUAGCUCUUCCGCCGCCUCCGCCUUUCUCUUGUCGCUCUCCUCACUUAACGCUGCUGCUGGGGCAGAUUCGCCUGGACCCCGGGGACGGCUCCGCGCGCGGAGGGCGCGAGGGGGGACUGGAGAGAGACAACGGCUCGCGAAGCGCUUCUUGCGACGACGACUUGGCGGUGCCGCAGCCUGACAGCGACGUGCUGGGGAAGUGGACGCUUCCCGAGGAGGCGCUGCUUUUUGAUCCCUACCAGGACGGCGGCGAACUCUUUGUGGGCUCGUCGGCGGCCAGCGAGUCGCGGCAGUCAGCGCGGCUGUCUGCGUCUUCGUCUCACUCCCCUGGAAGCGAAGGCCGCGACGUGGCAGUUGCGGGGGCAGGCGAGCGCUUCAUCUUCAGCAACUCACCCAUAAGCGAGUUUGAGCAGGCCGCAAUCGACCGUGUCCUCGCUCAGCUCGAGCGGACGCCUGGCGUGCUCUACAGCGAGCGCGAAGGCGCCGCGAGGCCGCAGAGACAGCGGGGGGGACAGGGCGCAGGGGACAAAGACGAGGAGGGCAACGUGUGGCUUGAGCAGCAAAUCCUCAGGUUCCUGUACAGCACCGCGUUCGACGUCAAGAAGACGCUCGACCUGCUGCAGGCUGCUCUCGUCUUCCGCACGCAGAGACUACCGGUGUAUCUUCACGAGGUGCUGCCUCUGAUUCGAGACGCGGGCGUCGCCUACUGGCACGGCCGAGAUAAAUGCCUUCGUCCGUUGCUGAUUGUCUGCGUGGAGAAAAUGCAACAAAUUCAGCAGCAAGCGGGAAAAGACAUUGAAGACGACCGUGUGACGCGGGUCAUCAUCUUCUGCCUCGAAUUUUUUCUGAGACAUUUGUGUGUUGCCGGAAGGGUCGAGUCCUGGAGCAUCCUCUGCGACUGUAAAGGCACGUCUCUGUCGGCGUUUCCUCUCGCGCUUCUUCUCCGUCUUCUUAGUCUGCUUCAAGCGUCGUACCGCGGGCGCAUGUUUCGCCUCUAUCUCCUCAACACGCCGCGCUUCUUCCACAUGCUUUCCCGGCCGCUCCUGGCUGCGAUGCCCGCAAAUAGCGCGAAAAAACUGCGAGUCUGCGGGAGCAUGGAAGACUGGAUGGAAGAACGGAGAAAAAACUUCGCCGCGCACCAACUCGAGGCGAAGUACGGCGGCUCCCAACCAAAUGUUGAGACGGGCUGGUUUCCUUUUCGCUUUUUUCCCGGUCCUUUUGCGCCCGACACGCCUCGAGAGAGGAUACGGUGGGACAGCCCUGCGUAUCUUCACCGCGAGGUCCCUCCGUCCAUCCACACAGGUUUUUCUCUCCACUCUUCUCUGGUUCCCUCGCACGCGCUGUCUCCGCCUCUCUCGCCGUGCGGCUCCACCGCCUCGUCGUCUCCAACUUACAACUGCCGCGCGUACGACGACAGCGAGCUGCCGCCGUCGAGGGUCGCCUCUCCUCUCCAGGGCCACGAGGUGUCUUCAUCUCCACGGCCGGCUUCGGCCUCCUCCGCUUCCCUGGGCGGCGCCGGGAGCGUUUCGCCGCACGGGUGCACGAGUCCGUCGUCGCUCAGGACGGGCAGCCUGGCGCCGACGGCGAGGCCUGCGCGCUUCGCGUAUUGGACGCCUGCCGCGCGCUACCUGUCGCUGUCUGCGACAGCUGCGGAGUGGCUGAACAGACGCUACGCACAAGAGUCCCUCGGCGACGCAAGCUUGCGAGGAGAAGGCAGCGACGCGUUGCCACGCGGCGCGUCUCAGGCUGCCGUCUCUCCUCACGCGACUCUCCCGCCCAGCGGCAGGUCGCGGGACUUCCCGCGCUCCACGCCUCGUCAUGCUCCCUCGCCUGGUUCACCGGCCUCUCUGCCUCCGUCUUCCGUCUCCUCCUGGCCCUGCGGAGACGCGAGUGAAUCUGUGAGGUCUUCACCUGCCUCUUCGUAUCUGGCACCUGUUUCUUCGCACUCCCCUUCGUCCUCCCCUGCGGCGUCGCCGCCGUCGGCGCAGACGCGCGCGCCGAUCAGUUGUCUCUUCAGGCCGACCGUGUCGAUGAACCGCGUGAGGGAGCUUUGGGCUCUGGAGAAGGCGGCACCUCUUCGAACUGAGCCGGCGGAGUGGUCGCAGGAGGCGAGCGUGGGGACGGAGGGCCUCGAGGGCCGGCCGCCGGGCUCUGUGGUUGCUUCCAACCUCGCAGGGAGCUCUGACGAGGGAGGAAGGGAGCAAAGCAGCCCUGGGCGCGCGCUCCAGAUCUUGUCGCCCGUGCCUGAGGGGACGCUGCAGCACGACGGAGAGACUCGGGAAGGUGCUCAGUCAGCGGGCGCGACAGAAGCGGCCGCGUCGGCAGAGGGAGAUUCGGCCUCGCCAGACAGUGACUCGUGCGGCCCCGGCAGGGCUGACGCAGCGGAGACGGCGCCCGCGACAGAGCCGAGCUCGUCACCUGCGGAAUCGUCGCCUGCAGCGGAAGCAAGCGAGUCGCGCACCAUCUCGCCUGCUCCGUCGAUGACUCUGCUUCUCGCAGAAAUAAGAUUUCUGCCGUCGCCCACAGGCGAAGAAAAUCAGAGAUCUUUGGAGAGCUUGCCGGGAGAGGCUGACGACGCCGCGGAGGAAAGCGGAUCCGCGGAGGCGCCGAUCGAAAGCGAGAAGGACAGGCACUCGUCUUGUUCUUCCGGCACAGUAGGUCUGCUGGCGGUCGCAGGGGAAGACGCGGUGGCGUCUUCGGCGACGACGCCCUCGCCUUCUCGCGUGGUCUCGGGGGACUCAAAGGAUUUCAAGCAUGGCGGCGCGCACGGGUCGUCCCUUGCGCCUUGCCUCUCCGCGCGCUUUGAAGCCCCCGGUGAAGGCGAGCGACAGGACAGCACGGCGCGAGUCAACGAAAACGAAGGGCAAGCGAGCUUCGCCGACGUGACAGACGAACGACCCGAGGCAGCGGCCGCCGGGUCCACAAGCCAGGGCCAGCAGCUGCGGGCGCGCGAGCCGCGCUCGCCUUUCGCGGCUGACCGCGGAUACGCCGCGUCUCCGUAUCUGCGGGAACCGCAGACUGCCGGCGCCGGCGAAGAGCCCCUGGGCACGGGUCGAGCGUACAGCGCAGACGCAGACCUCGCCGAUCGCGGCAUUCUCGCGCGCGUCCUUUCGUCUCAGCUCUUCUCGAGAUAUGCGUCCCUGGACAGAGCUCGCGAGACAGUGUGUUCCUCUUCUUCCUCCUCGGCGAGGCGCGGCGCGUCGCUCUCAGGGGCCUCGAGCCGCACUGGCGCGUGUGUCCCCUGGCGCGCCCUCCGCCUGGGGCGGAGGCGCAUGCAGUCUCCGGACAAAAAGGGGCGCGAAGGGGACGGUCUGGGCUCCAACGCAGACUUCGCCUUCCCGCAGGCUCCCAGCGCGCGUGCGCUGCGUCAUCCCUCCGAGGCCCUCCGCUCCGCGCCGUGGACGGGGAGAGAAGGUGCCCACGCGUGUCUGGCGUCGCGGACAUUUCAGCGCACGUUUUGUGAAGAGACUGAGGGCGGACAGCGACGACAGCGGAGCGCGGGAGGUCAGUCUCAGGCGGAUUCCGCGUCCCCGAGAAAGUCUUGGAGACUCGAAGAAGUCUCCUGCCUCCCUCUGUCGGCGGUUUCCCUCGCACGCGGCUCUGCCGCGACUGUGAAGCGGACGCUGCGCGCGUGUCCCGAGAACCCCGCAGAGGCCGCGGGUCCGGGAGGCCCGCUUGCCAGCGGAGUGCUGUCGAGGCGCUACAGUCGCGGGCUGACGGCGGACGAGGACGAGCCCAAGGUGGGGAAGGCGCGGGCGUGGUCGACGCGGACCCGAGUGCAGAGUUGUGAAGUGUACAAGAAACCCUGGCUGGGUCGGCAGCGGACGCUCCAGCCCUACCGGUUACACCAAACGGGGUCGUCUUCGUCGCCGGAACAAAGCCGCUACGCCCUGCAGUGCUCUGCGUCAAGCACAGCGGUGUCUCCGCUCCCCGCGGCGUCAAAUAAGGCUGCGUAUGCCGCGCUCCUGAGAUUCGCCUCGUCAUCCUGCAGCGCGGCGGGAGGCGCUGAGGAGGGGUUUUCGUGUUCUUUCUCUCGGAUGAAGAGAGCCGGCCGAGAGGGCGAGGGGUCAUUCAUCUGCGAACGCUGUGCGCUGCAACAGUCGAACGCAACUGACCAGGAGAGCGCCGCAAUGGAAGGCCGAAGCUACCACGCAGACCGCCGGAGGGAAGCGGAUGAGGCUGCUGCGGUCGCUGGCGCCGAAGCGAGGCCCUCCUCGGCGACUGGCAGCGCUCGCGCAAACCGCGGAGCGGCGAUGCAGAGACGAUGCAGUCGAGAAGACAGCAACGGGUCGGGAGACAAGAAGGGCAACGAGGGCGGUUCUGGUGACGCAGUGUCAUCCCGAGCUUCCUCGUCCGGGCCCUGUGCGACGGUGUCAGGUGCCGCCGUCGCAGGCGCGGGGGCAGGUUCUGCGAGGCCGGACGCGUCGUCCGCGCAGGAUCGCGCCAAGGCGAGCGAGGCGGCUUCUAUGGAGACGAAGCGAUACGAGGCGAUGACGCAGGGGGGAACGGCGGCGCCUGGUGCAGGCUGCAGUUCGCAGUCGUCUUCGUCGGCGUGUCAUGCCGAGUCCCGCGGGCCUCAAGGGUCGAUGUCCGACCGGGAUAGCCCGCCGGCGACGGAGACAGGUGCCUUCAUCCAGUCGUCGGCAGACCUGUUCCCAAGUUUGGCCUGUCCUUCGCCGCGCCCCGUCCGUCCCGCGGUCACCCAGACGCCCCUGGCGGACAGCGCCGAGGGCGGUGGGGCUGACGUCGAAGAGACACCUGCGGGACGCGCUGAGGAACUGGAGGCGGACGCAGUUUGCGAGAUAACCAAGCCUGAGAACCUGGUGCUGAGUCCUCUCUCGACCGUCCUCUCACGGUCGGUUCGGGAGGGCUCUCUGUCGCCGCUUUCUGAGGAGACGACGCGGGAAGGCGGGGAGACGCCGAGCAGCAAAAGCGAUGAUGUGAAGCGUGUGGAUGACCUCAGGGGCGCGAGGGAGGUGGCGAGAGAAAGCAGUCAUAUUUGGAUGACUUGCGCCAACCUGAAGGAGCGGCACGAGCAAGGCUUGCCGUUUCUAAGCCACGAAGCGAGUGGCGCGGCGAUGGAAAGCAGACUUCCAGGCGGGAACCGGGCGUCGCCCAGGCCCGAGCACGCCGUCGAUUCAGCCGGCGGCAGCGGCUCGUCGAGCCGAAGCGUGCAGAAGUGUGUGCAGAUUUGGCUAGAGGAGAAGAGCCGGUCUCAGCCGAGCCAAGUCACGCCGCGGUUUGAGCGAGACGGAGGAGAGACCUUUCGCACGUCGCAGAGCGUGGACACUCGAGCCACGCAGCACAAGCUCCCGGAGGGGCGCAGGAUGCACACGAGCGACGAUCUGCUUCUCUUUGGUCUGCUACGGCAACGCGUGCGCUCGCCUUCGGCGUCGAACCGCGCGGCGUAUACCAGCGUGCUGUCGUCGAGCCCGUACUCCGUGCGCAGAUGUGUAAGGCCCUUUCGAGCGCGCGUAGCUGCCCGAUACAGAAAAGCAGAGAGAGAAAAAAACGAAGGCGAGGACAAUGUGGCGGGGCCCGCGCGAGCGUGGGGGCGGCAGCAACUUUGUGAAGAUUUCCGACCGCACAGCGCCGCAGGCCCGACGCACCGGACGAUCGCGGCCUCGUUGCCCAACCUCACGAUGUACUCCGCCUGCGCGCCGAAUGCAUGCAUGCCGCGAAACGCGCCAAAGAGAGGCGGAGAAAGACGUGACGAACGGCUCUGGGGACGAGAGGCUGACAGUCGAGAGAACUGGAAAGACAGCGAGGCAUUGGGGCCCAUGCGAAAGCCGAGCGGUCGACGGAGGCAGCGCCUCAAGAAAACUCUCGUCUCAUGCCUGUGGAAGUCGCGGGACUCCUUCACGCUCGCCCAGACCGAGGCGCCCGACGAGGGUGACAGCGGGAUAGAAGAAAAAGGCUGCGGCGAGGGGGACGACUCACCCACCCACCAGGCAAUACAUGCUUUACUCAGUCCGUGA